AUGGGAAUCCUAACACGGACCCAAAGCAGAGCGCAAGGCGGUCCUUUCGUUGCCGAAUUUGCAGAGCAAGCCGAUCCACGGAACUUGGGGAGGCACAUAGAAUCGUAUUGCUUCGGCGAGUCUGCGCAGCAAAGCAAGACUUUUCUGGAAGAGGCGAUGAAGAAGUUGCGAGGUAUCUCUACCGGUGUUGAGUGGAUGAAGCUGGCCGCUGAGCAACAAUACAAAGCCAUCGGAUCGACGAAGCCACUAUUCGUGGGCGAACAAAUCCAUGAGACGACCCAAACUGAUGCGAAGAUCCUGUAA